UAGGACCAACUCUCCCUUCCAACUACAAUUGUGUAACGUGCCACUGGCAACUGGAGCUACUACUCAAAUGGAAACAUGACACAAAAGAAUUUGACGUAUUGUUAUCUUCUUUACAAGUGUUUCAAUAGCUUAAGGAAAAAAAAAAAAAAAAAAAAAAAGGGGGAGCCAGGGCCAUGUGACCAGCCAGCUCUGCAGAGCAUUAGCAGUGCUCUCUAGCCCCCAGUAUGGGCACUACUGCUUCAGAGUUUUUGUUAUGCUAAAUACAAAGUAAUAAGGGUUGAAAGUAGUGUAGUGCCUCAUUCCCCAAAGCAAAGGAUGCUUUGUGUCUGCGUAUUUACUAGCUCAUCCUGCAAAGCAAGCCCUGGAAGGGAUCUGCUGACAGCUUGUGGAAAGGAGUUAGUGAUUGUGGCAAACAACAAACCUCUGCAGGAUCACAAAUAUCAGUCAGACUAGUAAAACAUGCAUGGAGCUGUUGACGAAUAGCAAAUGGCUGUGGGGAGGAGGGCUCUUCCUUUGCAUUUAUAUUAAUAUCUAAACUUAUGGUUCAGAAGAAGUAGGAGCACAGAAUGUGAGUUACUCCAUUGUAGCCCUUGGUCCUGCACGGUAUAGCUACAUCGGAGACGAGGCAAAAAGUCCUCAAAGAAGGAUAGACUGAUCUUCAUCUUGUGAUUACUGGACAGAAGAAAGAAAUAAAAGCCAAACUGGAAUAAAAUGCCAGCUAAAGGCAAAUACUUCUUUAAUGACAAUGAAGACUGCAAGAUAACAGACCCACUUUAUGGGAAGUACUGCUACACAAGUCAACAGCAACCACUUCUUCUUCUUCUGCUCUUCAUUGCAAUUACUUUCUGCACUACACUAAUUAUUAUUUUUUUUGUUAAACAUGAAGCACAUCAUCAUCUUGCUUUUGUUAUUACAGUAUGUAUUACAUUGGUAAUAUUUGCAAUCAUCUACUUGCUUGUAUGCAUUGAAUCCUUAUUUAGAAGAUGGCUGAAAUUAUUUGGAAUUUUGAUUUGGAUCUGCUUCCUAACCAUAGGAUAUGUGUCUGUUUUUGAUACUGAAGGUCAGCAUUCAUUCUGUGCAUGGGAACAGGUGCCAUUCUUUCUAUUCAUAAUAUUUGCUGUUUAUACCAUGCUACCUUUUGGGAUGUUAGAGGCUAUUAUAAUCAGCAUCCUUUCUGCGGUGUCCCAUAUUAUAGCCCUAAGCAUUGCAGCAUCUCAUGUUCUACCAUUUAAAGAGUCCAUUGUAUUUCAGUUACUUGCCAAUGCUGUCAUUUUUCUCUGUGGUAACUUGAUGGGUGCAUUUCACAAGUAUCGAAUGCAGGAUGCUUCAUGGGAUUUGUACAGAUAUACUUUGAAGUGCAUUCAAGUCCGAAUGAAACUGAAGAUUGAAAAGAGGCAACAGGAAAACUUGCUUUUAUCUAUAUUGCCAGCUCAUAUCUCAAUGGGAAUGAAACUAGCCAUCAUAGAGCGACUCAAAGAAACCAACGAUACUAGGCAAAUACAUGAUAACAACUUUCAUAGUCUAUAUGUGAAAAGGCACCAGAAUGUCAGCAUCCUCUAUGCAGACAUUGUCGGAUUCACACGGCUGGCUAGCGACUGCUCUCCCAAGGAGUUGGUAGUGAUGCUGAAUGAACUCUUUGGGAAGUUUGAUCAAAUUGCAAAGGAAAAUGAAUGCAUGAGAAUAAAAAUUUUGGGAGACUGUUAUUACUGUGUCUCAGGCCUACCUGUAUCAUUACCAGUUCAUGCCAGGAAUUGUGUGAAAAUGGGACUUGACAUGUGUGAAGCUAUAAAGCAAGUGAGAGAAGCUACUGGAGUAGACAUCAAUAUGAGAGUUGGUAUUCAUUCUGGGAAUGUACUUUGUGGUGUGAUCGGACUCCGGAAAUGGCAAUACGAUGUUUGGUCUCAUGAUGUUUCCUUAGCAAAUCGUAUGGAAUCUGCAGGAGUACCUGGCCGUGUACACAUCACUGAAGCCACCCUAAAACACCUAGGCAAAGUUUAUGAAGUGGAAGAAGGGAAUGGACACCAGAGAGACCCAUACCUUAAAGCAAAUAACAUCAAAACUUACCUAGUGAUUGACCCAAGGUCUAAACAAAGCACUUCAAACAAUCAUCUUCCUAAAGCAAGGGUGAACGAUGGGCUGAAGAUGCGAGCCUCUGUCCGAAUGACACGUUAUCUGGAGUCUUGGGGAGCGGCUAGACCCUUUGCCCACCUGAACCACAGAGAAAGUGUGAGCAGUGAAUCUUCAGCUCCGCAAGGGAGGCGAAGAAAGGAAAUACCUUUGCGUAUGGCAGGUCGUCUGAGGACUUCAGAUAGAAAUACAUCUCAGAAAGGAAGGCUGGAGGAAGAUAUUUAUGAUGAAAUGAUGUCAACCAUUGAGGGUCUUAGUUCGACCAAACCGUGGUGUUGUAAAUCAGAUGACUUCUGUAGAUUCUGGCUCUUUUUUGUAGAAACAGGACUUGAAAAAGAGUAUCGCACCAUCUCCAUCCCAAAAGUGAGCAGUUACUUUGCGUGUGCCAGUAUUGUGUUGCUCUGUAUAUUUGUGAUACAAAUGUUUGUGAUGCCAAUAACUCCAAAACUUGGGAUUUCAUUUGGGAUUAUAGCAGUUGUCAUUGGACUGAUUUUAUGCAUGUGUUUUGUUGAUAAAUGGAUGAGGUGUUGCUCAGAACGAUGGCCUUCUUUGAGGCCCCUUUCUGCUGUUUCUGAGAUGGUGGAAACAAUGCCUCUAGUGAGACUCCCAUUAGCUGUCAUCACUGUCGGUGCCUUGCUGAUUAUCGCCAUUUUUAAUUUUACUCAGCCUACUGAAGAAAGCAGACUUUCAAACUGUACCAGACCAAGUAACGAGUGUAUCACUGCCUGUACUACUGGAAAAAAUACAACUGGAUUCUGUUCUGAGAAUAUCGUCUUCCCUUAUUAUACUUAUUGCUGCAUAUUGGCGUUUAUUGCUUGCUCAGCAUUCCUUCGAAUGAGCUUUGAACUGAAAUUUCUUCUUCUGUCCAUUGCUGUCACUGUGUACAUCGUAAUUUUUAAUGAUUUGAGUAGAAGCUGUGACCCUGAAAGGUUUUUCUUGAAAGAUCCAAAAAUGAUGAGUUAUUUGUACAUAGCUCUGUUUUACGUAACUCUGAUCCUACUGGCAAGACAGAUUGACUAUUACUGCCGACUGGAUUGCCUAUGGAAGAAUAAAUUUAAAAAAGAACAUGAACAGUUUGAAACUAUGGAGAAUGUUAACAGGCUCUUGCUGGAAAAUGUCCUUCCAGCACAUGUUGCUGCCUAUUUCAUUGGUGAAAAACGAAAUGAGGAUUGGUACCAUCAGUCAUAUGACUGCGUCUGUGUCAUGUUUGCAUCAGUACCUGAUUUUAAGGUAUUCUAUACUGAGUGUGACGUUAAUAAAGAAGGACUGGAGUGCUUGCGGCUAUUGAACGAAAUCAUUGCUGAUUUUGAUGAGCUGUUGUUAAAACCUAAAUUUAGUGGUGUUGAAAAAAUCAAAACCAUUGGAAGCACUUACAUGGCAGCAGCAGGCCUCAGUGUUACACCAGGCCAAGAGAAUAAUCAGGACAAGGAGAGACAGCAUGCUCACAUUGGGAUCAUGGUAGAGUAUGGAAUUGCCUUGAUGAGCAAACUGGAUGGCAUCAACAGACAUUCCUUUAACAAUUUCCGCCUACGUAUUGGGAUAAACCAUGGGCCUGUGAUAGCUGGUGUGAUUGGUGCCCGCAAACCUCAAUAUGACAUCUGGGGUAACACUGUCAAUGUUGCUAGCAGAAUGGAGAGUACUGGUGAACUUGGAAAAAUCCAGGUUACAGAAGAGACCAGCAGAAUAUUACAAGAACUGGGAUAUGUGUGUGAAUGUAGGGGGCUCAUUAAUGUCAAAGGCAAAGGAGAACUUAGGACUUAUUUUGUGUGCACUGACACAGCCAAAUCCCAAGGUAUUGGAUUGAACUGAGGCUGUAACAAAGUCUGUCAAAUGGGUUUUGAACAACCACAUUGCUUCUAUGAAGACUUGGUAUUUUUCUCCUUAUAUAAAGGAGAUUCUUAACGUGUGCUAAUGGUCCAUCUGCAUCUCAAGAGAUUGACUUAUAAAGAAGACAAAUCCUGAAUGUUCUUAUAGGAAAUUGUUGUCUUGUCUGUUCCUAUGAUGAUUUGAAGAGUUAUCUGGAAUGGCCUUGUCAUAUUUCCUGUUACUUCCUUUCCCGCUUGCAAUAUAGGAAACUGAAAGCCUCAACAAGGACAUACAUGAAUGCGUUAUUGAACUCAUUGUCAGGUGAAAACAUUCCACUGCCUCAUCGUUAGAUCUGCUAACAGUAUUGCAUUUGUCACGAACACUAAGUGACAGUAAGCUUUGGGCUCAGCAUAUCCUUCAGUUGCAUUUUCUUGAAAUAAAGCAAAUUGUCAAGACAGAAGCCUGCUGAAUGAUGGAGGGAUGGACACAAGCAAAUUACUUUUUAUUAUAUGGCAAUUAUGCUGUUGCUUUUGCAUAAGAGUGAUUAUGCCGUAGUUUGUAUUAGGUUUCCCCAUGGUAACCAAACUGACGUGUGCCUCUCCUACCUUAGUCACCAAAUUUACACAAUUUCUUUCUUGAUGAACAGUUGUACUUUUAUACAAAGUUGGUUCAAAGAACUUACGUCAUGGGAUAUGUGCACCUUGGUCUUUCACCCUGCUUUUUCCACUAUUCAAGGAAGAUGAAAGUUUUUUUGAAUAACUUAAUAUCUACUGGCAGGAAGUUGCUUUGACUUUCAGAAUCAACUUUGAAGAAAUCCAGCAUGUGAAAAGCCCAUUUAGAGACCUGCAUGUUGAUAAGAUACAGUAAAUGAUAGCUGCAGAGAUGCAGGCCUUCCAUUCAUCACAGUUGUGCCAUUGCAUGUUGCAUAUUUACCAAGUUAAUGUUAACCACUGUGCUCUUGUUUGGUUUCUGCUACCUGAAGAGGGCAGUCCCUCAAAUUGAUAACCUAAGGUAAACUUAAAUCAGGUGCCCUGGUUACAGCAUAUUUUCUCUUUGCCACCCUGUUCAGGCUAAUCAUUAUGCCUCUGUUCUCAGAGCUGUGCAGGUUGUAAAUUACAUAGUCACUUAUUUUUAUUAUGUCCUCCACAGAAUAUAUGCCGCCAGCAUCUUUUUUUGUCUGAUCAUUUUGUUAUGUGAACAUUCUUGGUGAGACUAGGACAAUUCUAGAAUAGCAGCUACUCCAGCUGCCCUCUCCAUGUCAGAAUUCCCUGAAAACUUGAGCUGAAUCUGACUAGUGCUUAAAAUUCAUCUUGGGGCUACUAUUCUCUUCUAGUGUAAAUACCAAGUAGUUGAUGAUCAGCUAUAGGCUUUUUACUACUAGUGAGAUCCAUCUUUCAAAGAUGGUCUGAAUAUUGAUAUACAAUAUCUAGUAAAAUGAAUGCACAAUUGUAGUCUUGGGUUAAUACUAAGAUAAUUCCCUCUUUAGAGCCAGAGAACAAAACAUUUUGGGUGCCUAUACACAUGCAGGGAGGCUGCUCUGAUGCACUGUAAUUACAGGGUGCUGGAGCAGACUCAAUUAAUCAAGUCUGCUGGAGCGUGGUAAUUCCUGUACUCCAGCAGACUACAGCAUCAUAUGUAUCAGUGUCCCUAUACUGAAAAAUGGUGGUGGGGGUGGUUUAACUAAAGCUUGUUCACUGAGCUUUAGUUAAAAUGCCUCUGAUCAUUUUUCAGCACAGGGACGCUGAUACAUGUGAUGCUUUGGGUGCUUUAAUUAGAACGGCUCUCAAAGCCACUCUUAAUUAAAGCCCCCCCUCCUUGCAGCACAUCUAUAAACUCGCUUUAGUUUUAGAAUAGGUAUGAAGAAAGUUUCCUUUUUUUAUUUAGUUAAAAUUCCUGGCAAUGGGAGUCUUUUGAAAAAGUAGAUAAAACAGUAAUGAAGUAUAUCAUUCAAUUUUGGAGCGUAUUUGAGUUACGUUUCUCCUUCGGCAUAAGCUUGUGAAAGAUAUCAAGAACAAAUGUUCAAGAUGACAACAAAUAUGCCUGCGUACAGAAGGUGCAUAUUUAUAAUUAUAUACUUUGUGCACCUUAUUACUUUGCACCCAUAUUCAGCUGAGGUGUCUGGGCUUGAAAAAUUGCCCCCAAAUUAAAAAUAAAACCUUAACAUUGUUUGAUAUAUGUAAUACCUGCAACUUGUACUGAACAUCUGUGCAACAAAGGCUUUGACAAUAGCCAUAACAUGACCUUUGGAUAGGGACUAAAAUAAAGGGGCUGAUUGAAUUCUUGAAAAUAGUUGGCAAAACAAAACGAUCGUGUAUUAGAAUGAAUAUAUUCUGAACUGAAGAGAACCACUAAGGAAGAUUUUUGUAAGUGUGUUUAGCUAUAAUCAGUGAAUUUCCUCUGAGUUUUUUCUCUGUACUUCAUUGUCACAGGGCUGCAUAAGCUUCAUAAUACAGGUUGCAAAGCUAAAAAUAUAUAUAUAUAUAUUAUUACUACAAAAGCUGCGUGUAGAAAAAUGUUUAUAAUGUUCUGGAAUGGCCUAAAAACUAGAACUGUGCUUCCCUGAUUUACUCCAGCUGUUUUAUUCCAUGGUGAUGCAGAGUAAAAGGACUGAAGAAUUGCACUUACUACAAAUUAGUUUAAUGUGAAAAGUUUUCCUUUAGCAAUGUAAUUAGUUUUUGCUAAGCUUAAACAAGAUCAUGCCUACAUUCGUUCCUGCUGUUGGGCAAAAAGUAUCUUUUUAAAGAUAAUAUGCCCAGUAUGUACAUUUAUUAAGCAAGGAUUCUCUCUCCUGCGAGUGGUUAUAAAACAUAGAAUAACUAAUAUUUUGUUAAGAUUACUUUGUAGACAAAGCAGCAUUUGUAAACGUUUCUGUUUUAGUACCGAAGCAUGACUGCAGCAUUGUCUAACAUGUUUUGUCUAACUUGACACUGCUGUUUUCUAAUUACUGUGUAAUUUCUUUGAAAGCUAAAGUGCCUAUGUUUCAAAACAGGAACAAAUCUGAGUAAUGUCCUAACUGGAUUGAAAACUUUUUUUUAAUGUCUUUAUCAGUGUGGUAGGUCAAAACUGUUUUUGCUGUAGUUACCUAUAAAAAAUACAUUAGACAAUCGUAGUUUGAGGUUGUCUAGAUCUUAUGUUCAUUUGCUGAUGAGAGGGAGUAGUUUCCUACUUAAACAUCUUGCUAAUAUCAGGUCAAUGUAAAUAUUCUAUUCUAAACUAUUUUUGAGUAGCUUUCAUUAGCCCCUUCCGUUGUACAUUUGUAAUGUUAGAUGUUUAACAAGCAUUUGUUUUUGAGAUGUUAAUUUAUUUUGUUUUAUAAGCACCAGAACCAGUUUGAAUGACCAUAUUGCCUCAUUAAAGUAUUUUGAACUCUGCAUUUUUCUUAUGGGUGGAACUGGUUUGAAAAUAGACUAUAAUAGCAGUAGAAAUUUAAAUAAAACUUAAGGCUGUAGAACAAAAUCAUACCUAACAGCAUUUUAAAUAUUUCUGUUUACAUUAUAUUGUCAUUCAGGCUGAUGUUAUUUGGAUAUAGAGUGGUUUCAGUUGCAGAUAUUUUCAGCAGACUAUAGCUUUUUGAAGUAGAUGAAGCAGGGUUGUCUCUUUUUGUUACCUGUGGUACUGCUGUGUGAUUUUAAAGGGAUAUGAUCAACUUAAUCACAUGGUUGUCUGAAUUUUUCUGUAUUUACGUUGUUGCUGUAUGAAAGCUGAGAAAAUGGAAAACAAGUCAAAAGUAUUGACCGAGGGAAACUAUUUAUCUGGACUUAUUUUGUUCCCUUAAAUGUCGUGUUUUCAGGCUGCAGGGGUGUAAGAAGAGCACACACCAACUGCUGAAACUUCCUUAGCCUGACUAAGGGUUUUGAAUCUGAAAGCUUGCUUAAUAACUAUUCGGGUUGGUCUAAUAAAAGAUAUCAGAUUCACCCAAGGAACUGUGUUUUCAGGCUGAAAUUUAUCUUGAACUGGAACUGCAGUGUUGGGAAUCCAUUCUAAAGCUGAAAAUAAACAAAGUUGCCUCUUCAGUGAAUUUGAGCCUUACCAAAACAGUGCUUUUAAUUAGCUGUUUCUUAACAGAACUGUGAACCCUUACCUAUUAGAAUUUAAGGAAUAACUGUUUAGGACAACUUCUGUAGAAUACUUGUUUUAAAAACAGACAAGUCUUAACCUACAAAAUAAUGAUUUAUCUUGAUUAAAGCUGAUUACACUAUCUUUAAAUAAUGAAUCAGUUACCUACUGCAUAGAAAGAACAUACUUUUGUUUCUGCCAUAAAAUAAAAAACUUCUUAAAGCUAACGUGUUUUGCAUUUAUUUGGAAUAUGUAUGAAUAUCCAGACUUUUCAGCUACACAAGCUUGAAUUUGCAAGCUCUUUAUGUUUUCUAC